AACAUGCUUCUGUUCCUGUAGACUUUCUUGAAAGAGAAAGAGGACAAAAACAGGAAAGUCCUAAUACAAGCUAGAGAAAAGUUGCAACAGCUUACAGCUACCAAAGAUAGACUGAAUGCAGAGAAUGAAGACCUGAAAAAGAAGCACAAAUCAGUUAGUGACGAAAAGGAGACUUUAAGCCAGCAGCUGAGUGAGCUGGAGAUGAGAAUAAAAGUGCUGAACUCACAAUAUGAAGGAAAAAUAACAAGGCUAGAGAAAGAGUUACAAGAUGCUCAAGUUGAGAAGGAACAGAAUGGGAAGGCAGCAGAGGAUCUGAAGAAGCAACUGGAGGAGAACCAACGCAAACAAAAACUUGACAUGGAGAAACUUCAACAGAAGGUUCAACAAUAUCAAACAAUCAUACAAAAACAGCAAAUGAAAAUGAAGACUUCAGUCAGUGCAUCAAGUUCCAUAUCAAGGCCUACUCCAGGGGAGGUCACUGGUGCUGAGACAACUGCAACACAAGAAACACCAACAAGUAUCAUUGUUACAUCAGCACCACCAAUAUCCCUUGUACCACCAACAGCAACAAUAAAACCAACCACUACUCCCACACCAAUCAAACGAUCCGGCCCCAAGGCCAGUGUCCGACCCAUAGCAGUAGCACCAACACAGAGUACCCCUACCCCCACAGCAACUGUUUUACCCACAGUCACCUCCACCCCCUCGGAAGCUGCAAGCAUAGCUGGAGUCAUAAGGGGUACGGGGACAGCUAUUUCUAUUGCUAGCAGCGUGUCAACCUCUGUACCAACUACAGUGUCUGUCCGUCCAAUCACUAGCACUGCAGAAGUAGAGCAGCAGCAGCAUCCAGAAGGAGAGCCAGAGGUAUCAUCCACGGAAAUUACCGCUAGUGAACAGCUGCAGCCAACUCCAUCUACAGCUGUAGUGUCUGGCAAGAGACAGAGAGAUGAGCCUCAAGUGACUGAGAGAAUUACAACUGAAAUUGCUGAGGGUUCAAGUACAGAUGAUGAACCUGUGACAAAGAAAAUCAGGACUUUAGAGCAGGUCGAAGAUGAAGUGGGAACGUCACAAGAGGAGGUUGUAGAAGAAGAUACGACUGCCGAGAGUGCAGGUGAUAAUCAACUUGAAGGAGAAGAGACCAUCAAGGAUUUUGAUUUUGAUGUUUACGAAGGGGAAGAAGGGGAAGGGGAAGAAGAAGAGGAGUCAGAAGAAGGAGCUGCUGAAACACAAGAGAUUGUUCAAGCUUCAACUGGGGCACCAGAGGUGGUUUUGAUUGAAAGUGAUGAAGAUGAAGUUGAAGAGGAAGAAGAUGAAGGAGAGGAUGAAGAAGAGGAAGAGUAUGUGGAGGAAGGUGACGAGUAUGUCGAGGGAGAAGAUGGUGACAUGGAGGAAGAAGAUGAAGGUGAAGAGGAGGAAGAGGAGUAUAUGGAGGAAGAGGGUGUUGAUGAAGGAGAUGAAGACAUUGGUGAAGAUGAAGAGGAGGAUAAUGUGAAGCAAGAGGUGGUGGAGGUGAUUGAUGAUGACGACGACGUUGAGGAAGAUGUCGGAGAAGAGGUGACAAUUGAAGAUACGCAGAUGGGGGAGGAGGAUGCUGAUGAAAUAGAAGAAGAUGAUGUUGCUGAAGGAAUGCAAGAUGGUCAACAUGAGCUACCACAAGCCGAGACUUCUGAGACAAAUGUUGAAAGAGAAAUCUCUACAACAGAACAGCUCAGUGUCCCAGAAACUGUGGAAGAGAGCACACAGAGAAGCGCACCAACCACUACAGCACCGUAUGCACAACGACUCCUGAGUGCCAGGUCCCACUUGGCACCUUUUUCAUUCCCUCAGGUAAGACAUGCAAUCUGUAAAAAUUGUACAUCCCUGAUAUUAUAUAACAUGCACCUUCAAAUACCGGCAGUUUUAACUGUCGAUUUUGUAUUCUCUCCUGAAUUGCUUCUUCUGUCUUGUUUGGCACAUUCUUUUGCAGGUCUCCGUGUGGAUGACACUCAAGUGGACCUUAUGGGGGGCUCAGAUGAGCCUUCUAAUGAGAGGCCCUCCUUUGUGGUGCCUACAGGGUUACCAGAAACAUCUGAAGCCAGUAGCCAGUCCAAUCAGAGACUUCCAAGCAUAAGCUCAGAUACUAGGCAGCUCUCUUCAGAAAGCUUGGAAAGUGAGUCAGAAGUUGGAAGUCUUGCCACUGUGCCUGCCAUUAUGGUCACACCUGUAACUGAGGUGUCAGAAGAAUCUGCUGAACAGAAUGUACCAGUGUCGCAGGCUCACCCCGAGAGUCUUGACCCUGAAGUUGUGGAAUUAUCGGAAGACGUGGAUGCAUUGAAGGAAGGAGAUGAAGCUGAAGUCCAAGAUGUAGAAGGAAAAGAAAGUGAGCUAACAAUAAGUGAAGCUCAAGAGUCUGUAAAGGAUGACAUUUUGCAGCCUGGCACAUCUGGUGAGAGAAGAGAAUCCUAUAGCACUGGUGCCCAAUCUGCCUCUGCAUUGCAGCCAACAACAACAGUGGGGACUGGGGCUGCAGCUAAAGCUAAACAAGAUUCAAAUCGAGGUAGAGGCUCUGUAGUACAGUUAAGAAGGCCUGCUACAACAUCUACUUGGUCUAAUGCACGAGGAGGUCAGCAAGUACAAAGAGGUGCUCCUGCAUCAGGAAGAGUACGUCGACUUAGAAGGGACCCUGUUAGAGGUCCUGGUGCUCAUCGUGGGCGCGGAACACAGAUGCGUGGCAGGCAAGGUCGAACUCCUCGAGGAGGAGGACAAACAUAAACUUACAUUGUCAAUAAUUUUGUAACUUAGAAGUGUUAAUUUUAGUAGCUUUUGUACAGAAUAGACUUUUUAUUUCUUUUGUUUUCAUUUAGAAUCUUGUAAUAAAGUUAACAUGUAGCGUGCA